GUCAGUGAACGUCUCAGCACCGUGCUACGUAUACGGAGGUUUGUGUUGUGCGUGUCGGUGUCGGUGCAGGGGGACAACAUCCGGACACACGCAGGGACUGGCUCAGCACAAGUGAAGAAGUGAGUGACCCUGACUCUGGUUUGCGUUCCAUGAAGAACCCGGCCGCUGAAGAUCAAUGCAAUGCUGCUUCUCAGACGCUGCCACAGCCUGACUCGAUUUGGCCCUGUCAGCUUUCAAAGUUUUCAUUUUCACAGGCCUCCGGUGGCCCCUGCUGUGGCAUCCCACUCGGUCCGUCUCUGGAGCAACAGCAGUGGUGAGGAGCAGAGGUCGUACCAGCGCGCCCACAGUCCCAGCUGGAGACAUGGCCUGGCAGGACUGCUGGCCGGGACAGGGGCUGUACUGGCUUAUGGCCUCCACAAGCACAAGGCUGAGCAGGUGGACACCAUCACAACUCCGACCUUAGAGACGACCUUAGAGACGACCCUACCUUUUCCCAUCUUCAGCCAGGAAGAGGUCACAAAGCACCGCUCCCUGGAGGAUGGCGUGUGGGUCACUUACCAAGGCGGCGUCUAUGACAUCACUGAGUUUGUGGCCAUGCAUCCCGGUGGGAAUAAAAUCAUGUUGGCGGCAGGUGGUGCCAUUGAACCCUUCUGGGCGCUGUAUGCCGUGCACAACCAGGAACACGUGUUGGAAAUGCUCUCAGAAUAUAAGGUCGGUGAGCUGAGUGCAGAGGACCGGAAGAAGCAACAGGCUGUGAAAUCAUCUGACCCAUACUCCUCCGAUCCAGAGCGUCACCCGGUCCUGCACAUCAACAACCAGAAGCCCUUCAAUGCUGAGCCACCUCCUGAAAUCCUCUCUGACAGCUACAUCACCCCUUCGGCUUUCUUCUUCAAAAGAAACCACCUCCCAGUUCCUCCGGUGGACCCGGCAUCCUACCAGCUCCAUGUGGAGGGACUUCCCGGAGGAGCUCUGACGCUGUCUUUAGAAGAUUUGAAGACUAAAUUCCCCAAACACACGGUCACUGCCACUCUGCAGUGUGCCGGUAACCGCCGGUCUGAGAUGAACAAGGUCAAGCAGGUCAAAGGACUGAACUGGGGCAUUGCUGCGAUCAGCAACGCCACGUGGAGCGGCGCUAACCUCAGGGACGUGCUGAUGGCAGCUGGCUACGGGCCGGAUGUGGCCCAGUGGGCUCGCCACGUUCAGUUUGAGGGGCUGGACCAUGAUGUGUCAGGUUCCACCUAUGGUGCUUCCAUCCCUCUGAACAAGGCAGUGAGUGAGGAAGGCGAUGUGCUGCUGGCUUAUGAAAUGAAUGGCCAGGAGAUUCCUGCCGACCACGGCUUCCCUGUCCGUGUUGUGGUGCCGGGCACAGUGGGUGCACGUAAUGUUAAAUGGCUUGGGAAGAUCAUUGUGAGCUCAGAGGAGAGCAGCAGCCACUGGCAGCAGAACGACUACAAGGGCUUCUCCCCCGGGACCGACUGGGACACAGUGGACUUCAAAUCUGCACCGGCCAUUCAAGAGCUGCCCAUUCAGUCGGCCAUCACCACACCGGCCGACGGUGCUGUGGUCGACCGGUCGGAGGAAGAGGUGAUUGUUAAGGGCUACGCCUGGAGUGGAGGGGGCAGAGAGGUGGUACGUGUGGAUGUGUCUCUAGACGGAGGAAAGACGUGGCAAGUGGCCCCACUGAGGACCAUUGACAAGGGACAAGCAGCCGAACCCUCACCUCCACCAGGACGAGCCUGGGCCUGGAAGCUGUGGGAGGUGACGGCUCCUCUUCCCCCUGGAGCUCAGGAGCUUGAGAUCGUUUGCAAGGCAGUUGACAACAGCUACAACAUGCAGCCGGACACGGUGCCUCCCAUCUGGAACUUGAGGGGCGUCCUGAGUAACGCCUGGCACAGAGUGAAGGUGACGAUCAGAGAGGAUGAGGAGGAAUAGACUCACUUCACAUUCUGGUUGCAAACUUAAAUCGGAUAUUUGGAAUCAGCAGGAAAAUCAAUGAAGGAAAAAAGAGCAGAUUCACAGAGACCAAGCGCACACAAUCUUUUAACGUUUUUCAACUAAUGCAGUCGAAUGUUUUCAGUCUUGAAUUUUUUAUGCAGUCACAGUUUCCUGAAGGACUUGAACGGUUUUCAGCAGAACAAACCGUAAACUAAGUUAAAGGUUCUAAAUAACUACGAAAGAGUUUUUUAUCAAGUAACGACUUUAAUGAAUUUGUGAGUCUGUAAUAUUUAUAGAAAAGACACUAUUUACUUUUGUAAACUCCAUCAUCUUCUUAACACAGAGUUAAAAUAAAUACUAUAUUAAAAGAGUUCAUCUGUGUUAUGUAUUACCAUACAUAAUAAAAAAGUUUGGAUAAUACCUUUGGCUCUAGUAGUACUUAGCUUACUGUAGUAAAGUUUUGGGCCUAAUACUGUGUCAUUAUUUUAAAUGAAGGCUACUAGAGAUGCUUUUUUCUUUAGAGAGAACAGUUUACUAAGUGCCGACUCAUCUAGGAAGCUUUAAAACAGCAGUAGCUGUUCCUUAUCUGCAACUGUGACUUGUUGAUAACCUUUGCAACAGACCAUGUUCUUAAGUUUGAGUCAGUGAUUAACCGGAAGAAACUGUGAGAGGCUGAGAUAAUCUACUUCUGCUCCAGUUCAGUAAAUAACAGGUGAACUGUGACCUUUCAGUUCCCCCCCCCACUGUCUCCCGAUCCCACUGUGAAGACUGAGGCAGAAUUUAGUCAGUUAAGACAUUUCUGAAGCCCAGUUGAGGCUAGAUGUGUGUCACACAGGCCUUUAUGUUUUGUGGUAGUUUUCUGAGCGGAGGUGAAACAAUGAUUUAGAUCAAAGUGUUGGUAUCUUACAAGGAGACAGAAAAAACAGAGGAAUGUACUACGAAGCGGGAUUUGCGGUCAGUGAGGAAACCAUCGGUAUAAUUCUGGAUUUUCCGUCUUACUUCAGUGGCUCGUUUCGUAAAACCAGUCCACAGCCCAACUCCUGAUCAAUCCGAUCAAUAGAUAACCACCGUUCCUACAGGAUCCUUAAAGGGACAAACGAGUGUUUCUUUUCUAUUCAAGUUAUGUGAACAUGUUUAUAUUUCACCUUGUAGAACUUCACUAUCUGCUUUAACCAAAUUGCCCUGCAGGUAUCUCUGUGUUUCUCCUCAUAUCUUAUCAUGUUUUAUUUAUGGCUCUGAUAAUGUUGCUGGUACUUUAACAAUGAGUCUGGGUGUCUUGUUCUGAUAGGAGCAGGGAAGGUCUGUACAUCUCUAUGUUGGGGGCCUGUUGUCUUGGACUUAUCAAUCAUCUGAAAUAAUUUAAUGAAGAUUAAAAACUUUAUUUAUCAUAUUGUAUUGAUUAAACAGAGACCAGGAAGCUGAAGACUGUACCAUCAUUAAUGUACCAAAAUCAUUGUGCAUUUCCUGGAUUUAUUUUUUUGCCUUUGGCACCAAUGUAAAUUCAAAUGGUAAAACUACUUUUACAUUAUGAUUCUUAAAUGUGGCAACAUAAUAAACAGGAUAUAAAGUGACUCAGAAGCAUCUUGUGAAAUGAUGUAGCAGCUGGCAGGAAGCUGAGGGGGUGAACGAAGGGACAGCAGUUUAAAGUCAAAGAAGAGAGAAAAAAAAGGAAAACAUUCAAAACUACAGUAAUUUGAGCAGCAGGAAUAGUUCAGGUAGAUUUCCAACAAUAUAAUAACCCUGAAUUAAAGCUACAGUCCAUAAUUCACAUAUCUUAAUGAACUGGGAGGUAGGAUGUUGUCAUGGCGAUGCCUACCCCGGCCUUUUGCCCUGAGAAGAGAUUAAAGUGAUACAUGUUCUUCUGCAUGUUCUUAUUUAAGUGGUUCCAUGCCUGAUAAAUGCAGUAGGACUUAUUUGUUUACCUCGAAGUGGGAAGUUUUCUGUUGUUUUUCUUUCUGAUCUGUUUUUAACUCAUACAUGACUAGAAUGGUGGUCAGCAGAAAAACAUAUUGAUAUAGUCGUUCGAACUGUGGAAUUAUGUUGAGGAAAACCAUGAUGUCAGUAUGACUACAAACAUAAACUGCUCACUAAGACUUAGGAGAAAUGACAGAUGUCUUAAGAAAAUCAUUUAGGAAUCCCAUUAAAUAAAUAUUGGUCUGUUGCAUAAAACUGGACCAAAUGCUUUACAAGCUGUUUGCUCAUGCUCAGUUUUCUGUUUUAUCAGAUUAUUUUGUGUCUUUCUCCCUUUGCUUUUGUGUGUCAAAAGCGGCCUCAUUAAAAAAAACCUCAUUCUUGUA